AUGGUUUUUCUGGGCCACGGUAUCGGAGGUAUCUUCAUAAAAGAUGUGAGUCUAUUGAAGCACAGAACAAGAAGGGUCAAGGCUGACGAAGACAAGUUCUUCUGGAAGUCUAGUAGCCUUGAGCUCCGAAGCUUCCCGGCCCAGUGGCAUAAGGAUCUCGUCAACAAUACAGUCGGAAUCAUCUUUCUUGGAACACCCCAUCCUACAAAUGAAAACAAGGCAGAUCAUGAGAAUAUCCUGGGUAUCAUCACAAGACCGCCUACGUCCAGAAGGUCAAAGACCAUCGAUAGGAAGCUCAUGGAUCUGGACAUCCAAACCGGAUAUGUCCGUUCACUUUCUGAGGAGUUCGACAAGUACAUCCGCGAAUCCCUUCCCAACAUGCCUGUGUUAUCAGUCUGGGAUGGCCGAGAAACCAAGGCGAUGCGAGUGGAAGAGACGAAGCUACUUGGACGGAGAUGGAAAGCGGAAAAAUACGUG